CACAGUUAAUUUCAAGAUGGAAUCCACAUGCUGAUCUCCACAUAAAUUUAACAAUUGUGCUAAAUAACUUGUAUUAAUUAUGACCUCUAUACACUUUGUUGUACACCCCCUUCCAGGCUCAGAUGAUCAAUUGAAUGAAAGACUGCGUGAUGUUGCUGACAGGAUUAGUCGCCAUGGUUACCAAGCAUCUGGAGCUCUCAGCUGCCUACGCAACCUGGUCAUCACACAGUGCGUUAUAGGGCCGCAGUAUUUUGCCUUCCUUCUUGAGGAUGGCCGGGUGUGCCGCAUUCCCUUCUCAGUCCUGAAUGAGAGGCUUGACCUGAACAGGCAGGAGACAGCCAAACCGCCCAGCAAGGCAGUGAGGACAGAGCGUGCCAGUGGUGUCCGCAGUGCCACACAGGUCGUGGACAGUCCGCUAGUCCUAGUGCAAGAUGUCUUGGGGGCUGGUGUGUCAGACCAACCAACACCCCGUUGGAGCACUGUGGUAUCUGGGGCGACCGCCAACACCACCUCGCGCAACAACAACUCUGUCAACUACCGGGCCAUGCAGCGCACGGUGCACGUGAACAGUCGUGUGAGAAGAUCCGGGGUCAUAGUGGGCACCCGUCCCUUGGUACCAGCAUCUGUGGUCCCUGAGGAACUCAUCAACCAGUGCCAGGUGGUGCUGCAGGGCAAGUCCAGGAACCUGAUCAUCAGAGAGCUGCAGAGAACGAAUCUGGAUGUAAAUCUGGCCGUGAACAACCUGCUGAGUAGAGAUGAUGAGGGUGAGGGGGAUGAUGAUGACAGCCAGGACUCCUAUGUACCUGAUGACCUCAUCUCUCUACUUGAUGGAGGAAUGCACCCAGACCACCCCAGUGUGAUCAUCGACAGUGACACAAUGUUCAGUGAGGACAUGUUCGGCUACUCCUCUAUCAGGAGUAGGGGCUCGGGGACCAGGUCUCGCCUUGGAGAGAGGUCUGAUCGCGAUGCCGCUGAGAGGGAGCGUGACUCGAUGUUCCGUAUCCGUGACAGGCGGCGGCUAGAUGCCAGCAUGCUGCGGGACGAGGCCCUCAAGUCACUGGAGCGUGAUAAAGUAGAGGGCUUCACGGCAGACAUCACCAAGAAACUGGCAAACCCCAGUGUGAGUCCCAUCAGUCUGGGAGAGGAACCACAGUUCUGGGUGGAGAAGGAUGGUCACUGUCCGCGGUUCAGCCAUAUUGCUGCCAUGCACACAGAGCUGGUAGCCAUAGGGACAGGAGGUCAGUUGUUCAGCUGGAGAUGGCAGGACUAUGAGCCCUUCAAACACCACGAGAAUCCCAACAUCCAUCACCCGAAAACGAUAGCCCUGGGUCUGCAGCAUGAGAAGAUAGUGGGGUUGUCAGCCUGCCCAGUGCGUGCCAGUGUGUUCACAGAGUCUGACCGGGUGGCAACAUGGGUAGAUGACUCUCUGACGUACGUGGCUGCCAAGCUGGAGCACCCCGCACAGACCUUCCCAGAGUUCCUCACUGACAAGAUAGCAAGCCUGCACACCUGCUCUCUGUACACGUGUGCACUGCUGGAGAGUGGAGCCCUUUACUGGUGGGGUGCCAUGCCAUUUGGUCAACGGAAGAAGAUCCUUGAAAGAACAAGGACGAAAAAGAAGAAAAGUAAAUGUUCCUCAGCACAGAGCGAUAUUACAACUGGCUCCUUGGUAUGUCUGCGCACGGCCCCAAUGUACUAUGCGGGUGCUAUAGCGUUCACCACAGUGGAUGGGACACCAAAGGUGGGACAACUCCUGGAGUCUGCCUGGUCUCUCAAUGAUACCUGCAGGUUCAAAAUCAGACACCCUGUCUUGCCAGACCGUGAGAGGCAGGCAGACCGUGACUCAUCCAGUGACUGUAAGCCAGACAUGCCCCCACCCCCCUCCCCCGCCUCCUCCACCUGCAGUGACCACAGUGGGCCUGUACUUGUCAACAGAAAGCGUAAGAAGGCCCCCACACCGAGCAAGGAGAUAGACAAGCUCAAGGACGAGGAAAGUUGGCCACUCAAAAAUGUUGUCUUUGUGGAGGAUAUCAAGACUGUACCAGUAGGCAAAGUGCUCAAGGUUGAUGGUUCCUAUGCUGCUGUGCGGUUCCCUCCCAUUGCCAAGGAGACCGGGAGUGGUGGAGAACAUGGACCAGGUACCAGCAAGGAGGACCCAGCCAGUCUGCUGCAGGAGUGCAGGCUGCUCAGGAAGGAUGAACUCAAUGUUGUAAAGACAACCAGUGCCUCCAGGCUGCCGGACUGUUUCCAGAAAGUCCCUAAGAAGGUGACAGUGGUGGAGAAUGGACAGAUACUGGCAGUGACUGUGGACUGUGAAGGUAUCCAUGUUGUGGCGAAGUCUGGUGUAAGACUCAGCUAUGUGGUGUACAAUCUCAGCUCGGGGAAGGUUGAGAGGGAGUCUGUGUUCCCAACAGAGGCACAGGCUUUCAUGGGAUGUCGCCGCAGCAACAUCACACUGCACAACCCUGGAGAGGACUCCUUUGUGCAGCUGCGCGAUGGUAAUGGGGCCCUGUACCCGUUUGCCCGGGACUGCACGGAGGGCAUCAAGGAUCCGAUGUGGCUGGACCUACCUCCCGUCAGGUGCCUCGCCAUGAAGACCCAUUUCCUGCGAGACAUCCUGCCCUCCACCCAGAAGAACAAGGCCAUGCUCUUUGUGUUGGCUGUUGAGCACCAGUACCUGCUGCCCCAUAUUCUGCGCUGUGACACUGACAGAGUGAGGACUUGUCUCAAUGGGCUGGAGCAGGAAGGCAACCAGAGGCUGCUGGGAGAGGUGAUACAGGAGCACUGUGAUGGCAACCGUAACCUGCUGCACACCUGUGUGGCCAUGUGUAUCCCAACAUCCAACAAGGACACUGACAAACCGGAGGUGGUAGUGGGUCCAGGUCCUCCAUCCACUGUUAGCUACACGUCCACUCUGGACGUAAUGAACGCAGUGACCAGUGCUGUGGACGCCCUCACGGCCAUACAGUCCAACAGGAACGCUGCCAGUGGGCUCGGAGUCAACACAGACACUUCAUCUCGCGGGGUGAGCCUGCGAGAGAUGAUGCGCAGGGCCUCCUCAGCAGCGCGCGCAGUGAGUGGACUAGAUGUAAGGGAGUCAGACGAGGGGGUCACCAUACCCACCCUCACCUGGCCCCCAGACCCUCCUCCCAGCUAUGAGUCUGCUAUCAGACAAGAUGUGGAUCGUCCUGUGCUGACCCGCCAGUCAUCUAUUGGCCCUUCAGCCACGACUGCUCCCCCACCAGAGUUCAGCACGGUCCACAUCCCCCCGGUCAGACUGGACGAGAAGGAGCGCCUAAACCAGGCACAGCAGAUACUUAAACUGGUUUCUGACUCAGCAGCACUGAAACCUCACCUACAAGACUUGCUCUCUGCGAAGAACGCCGAGGGAUGUACCCCAUUCAUGUACGCAGUAAAGGGUCGGGCGUACCCAGCAGCCCUCACAUUGCUAGACGCCAUCAAGCGUGUGUCCAGUGGCAGCACUGGGCCAGAGGUGGAGCAGCCCUCCAUGAUGAGCAUGCUGUACCCACCUGGCUGCAGCCUGGACAACUCUCCACUACAGGUGCUCUGCUGUAACGACACCUGCAGCUUCACCUGGACUGGUGCAGAGCACAUAAACCAGGACAUCUUUGAGUGCCGCACAUGUGGCCUGAUGGGUUCCCUGUGCUGCUGUACAGAGUGUGCUCGAGUCUGCCACAAGGGACAUGACUGCAAACUGAAGCGUACCUCCCCAACAGCGUACUGUGACUGCUGGGAGCGCUGCAAGUGCAAGGCCCUCAUUGCGGGUCAGCAGGGACCCAGACUGGACCUACUCAACAGACUGCUGGUGGAGACCGACCUGGUCACACUCACCAACAGCAGGGGUGAGAACAUCCUGCUGUUCCUGGUACAGACAGUGGGUCGGCAGGUGAUAGAGCAGCGUCAAUACAGACCCAACAGGUCCUGUGUCACAUCUGCCCUGCCUAAGAGAAAGGUGCCCAACAAUGACCUAGACAUAGAGAUGCCAGACCAUGACUUGGAGCCACCCAAGUUCAGUCGUCGAGCCCUGGAGCGUAUCCUCAAUGACUGGCCGGCGGUAAAGGCCAUGCUGCAGUGUGGGGUGAGGCAGCGGCGGGCGGGAGGGCCGGGGCAGGACGUGAUGUACGAGGAGCAGCUCUACCUGGAGAGUCAGAGUGGCACAGCCAGGCUGGACAAGUUCACACACUGUCUCCUGGUCAAGUGCUCCAUUGAGAUGUUGGACACAUUACUGACGACACUCAUUCGGGAAAUGAAGAACGAGAAUGCUCCCGGGCGUAAAGUGGAGGCUAAAAAUGUGGCCCGCAGGUUUAUACGCUCCGUUGCCAGGAUAUUUGUUGUCCUCAAUGUGGAAAUGACUCCUAACUCUGGGAAGAAAAAAAGCCCAGGUGUUUCUACGUGCCAGCCCCUGGUGAAGUGCAAGCGUGUGUUCCAGGCCCUCAUUAACAUCGCCAUAGAGGAGCUGUGCGAGGUGGCCAACUCCCUGAUAGCCCCUGUCAGACUGGGGGCUGCCAGACCCACCGCGCCCUUCUCUCUCGUCUCAGCCAACCUGGAGGCUAUACAGGGAUGUGAAGAGAUCUUCAGUGUUGAGCCGCUGGCUCCCAAGUCUGGCGUUGGGGAGGAGACCGGGCCCAAGUCUGUGUCGUACAUGACCCACAGUGUGCCCCAGCGAGGGAUACGGGACAGGGAGGGGCAGGAGGAAAGGGAGGAGGAUGAGAUACUGCCAGCAGACAUGGACCUAGAGAAUGAGCCAGUGGGAGGUUACCUGCUGGUGAACAAUGAAGACCACCAGUCGGACACGGAGGACAGACAGUCGGAGCACUCGGACCAUGAUCACCCCCCGCCCGGGGAGCAGGACGACGUGGCGGAGUCUGACAUGGACCUCGACCUGCUGGCAGAGUCAGAGAGUGACAGUGAGAGCAUGCAGAGUAACCAAGACAACAUCAGCGUGCAGCGCAGUGCAGUCACCAUGGCAACUGCAGGUUCAGAUGCAGGUCUAGGCAGCCUGGCCCACUUCUCGGACUCUGGUGACUCGUCCAAUCAGGAGGAGGAGUACGAGAGUGAGGGCGGGGACAGUGAGGAGCUGGAGGAACUGGCCACACUUGACGAGCAGCUUGAGAGGAGGGCCAACUCAGGGAGCCAGGGCCAACGCAUGUUGCAGGCACCACAGGUGAUGCAGUGGGCCAUACGCCAGCGGGAACCACCAGUGGCACGCAACCCGCCAGCUAUACCUGUCACCAGCACCACUGCAUCUGCAGGGGUGGGAGGCAGUAACCUGAUCUACAUUGACCCGUCCAACCUGCGCCGUACUACUGCAGUCACAACCGCUGUAACCACGGUAACCCCUGAGGCUCCCGUCACCAUGGCUACCACCUGCAGUCAGCUAGCCCGCGCGUUUGGCAUCGUGGUGCGCCAGAUAGCAGACCUGCUGACCAUGCUGCAGGACUACCACGCCCUAGCGCCCACACUGCCCCGGAUACUAGACAUCUCUGACCAAGAGGCUCUGGACCUGCAGCUGUACCUGGAGUACCAGUUGAAGCCGACGUGGGACUGGCUGAUCACAAUCAUGGACUCCACGGAGGCCCAGCUCAGGUUUGGCUCCUCCCUCAUCCACGCCACAGACUCUGCCAGCCCCUCCCACCCCCUGCAUGGCGUCUCUCAGGGGCCCCGGGGCCUGCCCAGGGACAGGACCAGCAGGGAUGAGGCCAGGAUCCUCCAGGUGGUGGACUCCAGGAGGAGGAGAAUAGGAGCUAUAGGUUCUGAUGGGAACAGUGCCAGGCGAGACUUUCUCAACUAUGCCCUGUCCCUGAUGAGGUCUCAUAACAAUGAGCACUCUGACUCCCUGCCUGUAAUAGACAUCGCCUCCCUGCGGCACGUAGCAUACGUGUUUGAUGCACUCAUCUACUACAUGAGAAGCGGCACAGACACUGACACGGACGUGCUGAGGGACGGGAUCUCUGUGAUCUCGUGGCAGGACCAUGAUGAGAACGAGGCUGAGGACCAUGACGACGACAUGCAGGGCCCUCAUAUGGAGACAGACAGCAUGGACGGCGAGGAGGCUGGGGGCAAGCUGGGCAGGAAACACCCCUUCUUCCAGAGGUCAGACUCCACCCUCUACCUGGGCUGCCCCCCUCCAGACCCGUUCCAGACUCCCCUGGUUCAGGCCCUGCCUCUGGCUGAUCAGCCCCACCUGCUGCAGCCCAACUCACGCCGGGAGGACAUGUUUGGUGUGGCCAAGCAGACCAUAGUCCCUGCCGUAGGGGUAGCAGGGAGUGGGGAUCACACUGCAGACAAGCUGCCCCUGAACCUCUCCCUCAGUAGCCGGGCUAGUGACCCCUCUCUCACUACGCACCCACACACAGGUGAUGUGUCUACAGCAUCAGCAGCACCAGAGGGUCAGACCACAGCUCCAAGUUCUACAGGAGCAAGUGUGAUUGUGCGCCCCGGUGGGUCAGACCUGACCCGGCCUGGCGACCCACCUGGCCCUCUCUUCCCUCGGUUCUUCCUGCCUGUGUAUGACCCUCUGAUAAUGUCAAGAGGAAGCACAGCCACUGAGGUGUCCCCCUCCCUAAGUAGCGCCGCCGGGCGUUUUCACACUCCCAUGGCCCCAGCCAUGCAGCCAGUGGAGCAGUUUGAGCCCCAGCAGGCCAGUGUGAUUGUCCACUCGAGCUCUGCUGUGUCCAGUGUGGUGAGCUCCGCCAGCAGUACCUCCCCGGCCCCUGCCUCCCUCACCUCUCAGAACCUCCGCUCCGCCAGCUCCCCCAUCUUCAAUGUCAGUGCGGCCACACCUGGGGAUCUGAGGACAUCCGCGGUUAAUAUUCCACUGACGUCCGUGGUGUCCAGCUCCCCAUCCCGUGCUGGCUCCCUGGUCUCCCAGUCUCCAGGAAUGGCAGCCUUGCCACCAACAACAAGCAGGCAACAGUCAGCCAAUGUCAUUAGACAUUCUCCACACAAACUCGAAGGUGCCCAGAGUUCAGCUCAAAGUAUGGAUCUUUCAUUGAGUGUGUCAGGUGCUAUGCCUGACCUGUCGGUGAGCAUUGAAGCCCCAUUGGUCAGCAGUGGGGCCCCCUCCAUUCCCAUGGCAACCAGCCCUGUUACCCCAGAGGCCAUAGACAGGCCGGCCCCAGUGUUCCUUCCUGCCCACCUUCCCCCUGGUGAGCUGGGCCAGGAGAUGUCUGGCAUGUCCCCCUUGUUGGCCCUGCAGGCGCGUACUAGUGGGUUCACUGAGUACAGUGUAACAGGUGGCAGUCCAGGUCGGUCCGGUGACAGGCUCGAGUCACAGUCAUUUGGCAGCAGUGGAUCGCUAGAUCACCAGUCGUUUGGAUUGCUCAGUCAGAAUGAACUGCUUCUAAACCGGCCAGCCUCUAUGACUCAGAAUGUGGGUGCAAUGUCAGACGAGCUGCCAGCCAACUUCUCCAGAUCAGUAAUGGGAUCCUUGCACCAAGUGGAGACACAGAGUGCAAGUCUGGAUCUAAGUGCAGCAGGAAGUCACCAGGCCAGUCCAAGUGCUGUUGGGCUCCCUACCAGGGCAGUGGUCUCCCCCAUUUUGAGCCAGUUCAGUGUGGGUGUGUCUGGUCUUACCCAGCCCCCUGGGACGGCUGAGCGGAUGGACCUGGAUGGGUCCCUGGACCUCAGCAAGUCUGCGGCCGCUGUGUCUGCCCUGCAGUCAGUGGCAGUCACAUCCACAGACACAGGGUCUGUGGAGACCCCCAUGGAUACUGUGGGAGCCAAUGAGAAUGUGUCCAACACGGUUGUGGUGGAAACCUCACAGACCACAUCAGUACCACACAGACAAGGCCCCAGUCGGCCGGAGAUGAUUACCCACGAUGCCCUGCUGGGCUGCUGGCGGCUCACUCUGGACCUGUUUGGGCGUGUGUUCUGUGAUGACGUAGGCGUGGAGCCAGGCUCAGUGAUUAGCGAGCUGGGGGGCUUCCCGGUCAAGGAGGGCAAGUUCAGGAGGGAGAUGGAGAAGAUCAGGAACUCACAGCAGAAGGACCUCAGUAUUGAGGUUGUGCGUGCCAGAAACCAGCUGAUCACCCAGGCCUUCAAGCAACUCAAUGCCUACUUUAACCGGCGCACCAACACCAGUGGGCCUCCCCUGGCAGUCCACAGGGUCAAGGUCACAUUUACAGACGAGCCAGGGGAGGGAAGUGGGGUGGCCAGGAGCUUCUACACUGCUAUAGCAAAUGCUGUGCUGUCACAAGAGAAGUUGCCUCCCCUAGACAAUGUGAUGAUCGGAGGAAAAAGUCUGCAGUACAAUGUGAUACAGCGUUUGCGUACUCGUGAGAGGGAGAGAGAGAGACAGAGGAACUCGCCCUCACAGCGGCGUAGCAGCAGGGACAGGGAGACUCGCAGGAACCUCUCGUAUGACGCCGCCCCGUUCUACAUGCCGUCUGACCCCAAUGCCAGCCCUGGCGGUAACCUGGAGGUGCCCCCAGAUGGCAGCAGUGACACCAUGACUCAGUAUCGUAGACAGCUGGGAGAGAGGCUCUACCCUAGGGUGCGAAACCUGCAACCAUCACUGGCCCCCAAGAUCACUGGCAUGUUGUUGGAGCUUUCCCCGGCCCAGCUGAUUGUCAUGCUGACAUCAGAGGAGACACUGAGACAACGGGUGGAUGAGGCCGUGGACAUCUGUAUGGCACACAACCGAUCACAGGACCUGCGUGAGCUGAAUGCGGAGGCCUUGCUAGACCUGGACAUCUUCAACCUGUCAUCAAGCAGUGCCGCCAGCAAGAAGAAGAAGGUUGUCAUGGGGACCGAUCGCCGUAGUGAUGUGGAGGAGGAGGAGGAGCUGGAGGACAGUGCCCCACUCUUCUGGCAGCCGGGCAAGCGGGGGUACUACAGUGUGAGGCCCGGCAAGGGGUCAGCAGAGAGGCUAAAUGCCUUCAGGAACGUGGGCAGAAUCAUUGGUCUGUGUUUACUGCAAAAUGAGAUGUGUCCCCUGUUCCUUAAUCGUCACGUUCUAAAGUUCAUCCUGGGCCGUAAGAUCUGUUGGCAUGAUCUGGCGUUCUUUGACCCAGUGAUGUACGAGAGUCUACGUCAGCUCGUGUUAGACGCGGAGACCAAGGAUGCCUCUCUCAUGUUCCAGGCCUUGGAUAUGAACUUCUGUGUGGAGCUGUGUACAGAGGAGGGUGGAGAGCAGGUGGAGCUGAUUCGUGGCGGUGCAGAUGUAGAGGUGACAGCCCAGAAUGUUCACGAGUACGUGCGUCGCUAUGCUGACCACCGUAUGGAUCGUGUGCCUGAGAAGGCGAUGAAGAGUCUGCGUAUGGGCGUGUUUGACGUGAUCCCUGCGAACUCCCUCGAGGGGCUGACUGCAGAAGACCUGAGACUGCUCCUGAACGGAGUGGGCAGCAUCAACGUGCAGACACUCAUCAGUUAUACAUCCUUCAAUGAUGAAAGUGGUGAGAGCAAUGAGAAGGUACAGCGGUUCAAGCGCUGGUUCUGGUCAGUUGUGGAGAAGAUGAACAACCAUGAGAGGCAGGACCUGGUGUAUUUCUGGACGUCGAGCCCUGCCCUGCCAGCCAGUGAGGAGGGCUUCCAGCCGAUGCCGAGCAUCACGAUCCGGCCCGCGGACGACGACCACCUGCCAACAGCUAACACAUGCAUCUCGCGCCUCUACAUCCCCAUCUACUCCAGCAAGCAGAUACUGAGGAGCAAACUGCUGCUCGCCAUAAAGACCAAGGCUUUCGGCUUUGUGUGAGAUUGAGGGUCCUACAAGAGUUUUGGCGGGAACAAAUAAACAAAAUACAUGCGCAGUCUUGAUUUAAAAAAUCAAGACAGUGUUUAGAAAUAUAACACAGUACAUGUCUGUUGUGAUCACCAGUGUGAUAUAAAUAACAUGGUUUGUAUGUGAAAGCAUUGUCCUCUGCUGCAGUAUUGUAUUGAAUAUAACACCUGCUUAAAAUUCUUGAAUGAGGAAUUUGCCAGAACCAUGUGUGCUUUCUUGUUUGUCAUAUUAGAACAUUCUAAUGUCUUAAUUUGACAAUUUUCUUAAAUGCUAUAUUUUAGUUGUUUGUUCCAUUGUUGUCAUGGAGUGCCUGGGAUUGGCUUAUAAGAUUUAAUGUUAAUAUUAUACAUUUUAAGGGAUAAGUUCAUUAUAAGGUGCUUACAUAAAAACAUGUUUUAAUCUUUAACCAAGCCAUUUGUAUAUCAAAAAGAAUGUUGUCAAUGUCUAUGUUAUUUUACUACAUGCAUAUUCAAUUUUAUCAUGUGUAGACCAGGUUGCUCUACUCAUGGAAACUGUUGGUUUUACAAAAUUUGUCGAAGAUUUGUUUCAAUUGCUUCACAGAAACCUCAUUUUAUAAUAUGUAGUAUGUUUCCUAGGCAUGCAUGUCACUAACUUGCCUGGGUUUCUAGUAGCUGAUGUGUAUGAGAUGCGCUCUGUAGUUGGUUCCCAUAGAAGGGAUGUGUAUGACAUGCACUCAGUAGUUGGUUCCCAUUCAAGGGAUGUGUAUGACAUGCACUCAGUAGUUGGUUCCCAUACAAGGGAUGUGUAUGACAUGCACUCAGUAGUUGGUUCCCAUACAAGGGAUGUGUAUGACAUGCACUCAGUAGUUGGUUCCCAUACAAGGGAUAUGUAUGACAUGUGCUCAGUAGUUGGUUCCCAUACAAGGGAUAUGUAUGACAUGUGCUUAGUAGUUGGUUCCCAUCCAAGGUAUGUGUAUGACAUGCACUCAGUAGUUGGUUCCCAUACAAGGGAUGUGUAUGACAUGUGCUCAGUAAUUGGUUCCCAUCCAAGGGAUGUGUAUGACAUGCGCUCAGUAGUUGGUUCCCAUACAAGGGAUGUAUGACAUGCACUCAGUAGUUGGUUCCCAUACAAGGGAUGUGUAUGACAUGCACUCAGUAGUUGGUUCCCAUACAAGGGAUGUGUAUGACAUGCCUUCAGUAGUUGGUUCAUAUACAAGGGAUGUGUAUGACAUGCACUCAGUAGUUGGUUCCCAUACAAGGGAUGUGUAUGACAUGCCCUCAGUAGUUGGUGCCCAUACAAGGGAUGUGUAUGACAUGCACUCAGUAGUUGGUUUCCAUACAUGGGAACUACAUCAGUGGGUCAGAGAGAAAGGCAUUGUAGGCAUUUUGAUUGUUACAGACUUUAUGUAUGAAUAGUACAUGUUGGUUUUGCAGCUUGAAUGACAUGUGUAUCUAAUUUAGGUGGAUGGUAAACAAAAUCCUGUUUAUGAAUGAUUUUUGUCUUUUAUAGGAAAAUAAACUUUACAUUUCUCA